AUGAGGUUAAAAAGUGCAUCGCCCUGGGUUCUUCAAAAUGUGGUGAACAACCAAAGAUCUGGACUUCAACGACCAGGAAGAACCCAGGGCAACAUUUCAUCCGAUGCCCUAAUUCACUGGAUACUUCAAAAGAUUGUAAAUUUUUUGUGUUGGUGGAUGAGGAUUUUGGGUCUUCCCUGGUAUAAGAGUAAAGUGAAUGAGUUGCAUAGGGAGAAUAUGAUCCUUUCUAAAAAGAAGAACUGGAGAAGGAGAACAUGAAUCUGCAGAAGAAAUUAAUGAACUUUGAGCUGAUUGACAAAAAAGAGACUGGUGUAUUCAUGGUUAGGUUGUUGAUGUAUGGCAUUGUUCUGGUUUGAAUCUUCAUUUGGGUUAUAAUUAUGUAACAGGGAAAGUAGGUUAAUGUAAAAUAGCUAAUUAUGUAUUAGGGUGAUGUUGUUUGGUUUAUGCACCUUUGUAAAGUUUAAGAAAUGUACUUUAAAGACUCAGCACAUUCUAACCGUU